UGAGGUCAGGCUUUAGUUUCUACUCUAAAUAGCUGAAUGUUAAUAAUAGGAGACAGCGUAUAAAGGAUACGCUUUAUUAACAUGUCAUAGUGAGUGCGUACACACCUGUUCAGACGUUGACUUGCUGACUUGUCAGUGAGUUUAAUGAAGUUUUUGCUUUGUCUUAAAGUAUUUUCAUAUGGCUGAAACUUGCGCUCAGAACGAAAACACGCAGUAAUCUGUGAGAUUAGGCGCUGCCGCCGCCACUGUAGUAGUUGCGGCACAAGAAGCGCUGGAGGAGACGAGCUCCGUGUCAUAGGCUUGACAAGACCAACCUGUUUUUGUGCACUCGUGUAGGAAACCAGAUUAUUAAUGACUGACUCACUGCGACGCAGUGUCCUUUUACGCAAACACGCGGCAGGUUGAAGGGUUCAGGCUUUAUUGUGCGUUUGGAACCGUUUCCUGUGGCAGACAGAAACUGUAACUGUAAUGAGCCCCGGGCGCAGUGCGCUCCGGCUGAACAAUGACGCAGCUCCCAGUCUUUUGUUGUGUACAUGUUUGUUAUUGUCAUGUGUCACGUUAUUUCUAAAUAUAAUCACGCUGAGCUGUGCAAUGGUUGUUUUCCCUUCCUGACCAGUAAUUGAGCGGAUUUGGUAAUAAUUUUAUGUUAUGGCGCCCAGUGGCAUCACCUUGACAACAGUGACCAUUAACAAAUGAGUGAUGAGUCAUAUACUUAGGCAAAUAAAAGCUUCUAGUAAAAAUAUGUUUACAGAUGAAAAUAUGGCGGCUGAGAGAGCAAGGCCUUUCCGUCGCGUUGGGAGUCUCAUGCGGAGCAAAUCUGAAGGGACACUAAUCGAUUUGUGUGAUGGUGCCUCAACUGACCAAGUGAAUGGUGGGUUUGUGGCACAAAUCGCACAGGCCUCAGCGUGGCCUCCUCUGCAGCCAGAAGACGCUCAUGCGACGCAGUCUAAAAAUCCCUUUUGGAAGAAUCUAUCAGGAUCCAAUCCGUUCCUAGACGAUAUCGUUCACAGUAGCAAAGAUAACAGUAAUUCAAACUCUUCAAACGUAAAGCCAGCGAACGAAAAGCAUUCGGAUUCAAACAACGAUGACGUCAUCAGCACAUCGUCAGACGAAGGAAACGUGGGGAACUUUUUGGAAAGCAAACACAAAGUCACCAACAGAUCUGGGAGAUGGAGGAGCGCUUCCGACAUCUUGGAUGACCUGGAUCAGAAGGUCCUAAAACAGGAGAACAGCUUAAAGCCGCCUGGGCAGGUACUGCACCCAGACUUUGAAUGGCUGAAGAAUGACAGGGAGGCCUAUAAGAUGGCCUGGCUGAGCCACAGGCAGCUCACCCGUUCCUGCCUGGACUUGAAUCUGAUGAGCCAGAGUCCGGGCUGGGCUCAGACUCAGGCCACUGACUUCCAGGUCAUCUCCAGGAUCGGCCACGGCGGAGGCACGGUACAGCUGCCGGACUCAGACGUUCAGAUCCAUAUCCCGGAAAGUCACGUUCCUCCGGGGGAAACCCAGGAAGUUACACUAAAAGCGAUGCUGGACCCUCCUCCCGGACUCAAUAACAACUACAGGACAACCCUCAGCCCUCUUCUGGAGGUAAACCUCAGCAACAUUAACACAAAGGAGCGCAUCACAUUGCAAAUGAAGCUGUCUGGAGAGGUGAGGGCUGACCCUUUGAGCCAGGGAUCCACCAGAGUGUUUGGGCUGGUGUCCAACAAAAGAGAGGGUCCCUAUGUCAAAGUCAACGACUGUUGCAUUGACAAGAACGUGAUGCGGAUGAAGCUCCAGGACCUGAAGACGCAUUUCUACGUGAUUGCAGUGGCCGAGGCCUCUGCGAUUCAGGCCCCUGCCACGUCAGUGUGGGAGUACCUUCACCGUCGAAUCACCGUGGCCGUUUAUGGACCCAGGUACAUCCAUCCGUCAUUCAAAGCUGUGAUAGUGGUCUGCUGCCACGAGGACGUGCCCACAAAGCUCCCGUUUUCCGACAUCUGCAGAGGCAACAAACACCUGCCUCCGCUCGUGUUGCAGCUUUGGGGAAAACGCACGUUUCAGCCGGAUAAAGUGAACGACCUGCGCAUCAGCGUGAGCGUCGCGGACUCUGUGUUCAAACCCAAACCCGGGGACACGCUAAAGGAAGUGAGGCAGAGUCAACUUAAGAUAGGAACGGUCUUGCACCUGCCGGUUGCACUGUGCUGCUCUAGGAAUUCUGAAAUGACUCCGUUCGAGUUAGACGUGCAGGUGACGGAGUCCAGCACCGAGGCGCUCACACAUUUCCAGGUGUCGUCCCCUCCCGCCGCCCCCAUGAGGGCGGAAAAACGGGCAUCCCGGAAGGCCGAGAAGCGGGCGGACGCGCCCAGAGCGUCGCCCAUUCCCGAGGAGAGGGCGACGGACCCGCCCGGGUGCGAGGACAGGCCCGUGGCCCUGCAGUGGUACGGGGUGGCGCUCAAGUCGGUCCUGCGGCAGCCGCGCGUGGACUACCUGCUGGAGUACUUCAAGGGGGACACGGUGGCCCUGCUCUCCAGAGAGACCGUCCGCUCGGUGGGCAACUCCAAGGCAAAGGAGUGGUACAUCGGAUUCCUCCGAGGCCGGAUCGGCCUGGUCCACUGCAAGAACGUCAAGCUCAUCACCAGAGACCAAGUGAUUGACCUCGCCGGCGUCGAAAUGACCACGUCCGUGCUCCUGGACAACAUGGCGCUGCCCUUCAAGAAGCUCACCUACAUGUACUCCGCCACCCAGUCGCUGGUCACGGAGCACGUAAGCAGCUGGAGGGCCUUCGCCGACGCCCUGGGCUACGACGAGGCCACGCUGGACGUCUUCACCAGGAGGCGCGUGGACACGGACGCCGACAAGGUGGCCUGCGUCCUGCAGAGGCUGAAGGAGGACUGUCACACCGGGAAGAGCAGGAAGAAGUUCCUGCACGAGCUGAUGGUGGCUCUGCUGAAGAUGGACGCCGUGAAGCUCGUUGCCCAGCUGAUCCAGAACACCGUCAUCCUGUCCACCGCCGUGGAGCUCGGGGUCCGGUGGCGGGAGCUCGCCGAGAAGAUGGGGAAGCUGUCCAGCGCUCAGGCGGCUGCAUACGAGGCUCCGCACCGAGGGAAGAACGGCGAGGUCGGCCCGCAGUCUAUGUGGAAGCCGGCCUAUGACUUCCUGUACGCCUGGAGCCUGCGCUACGGGGACAGCUACAGGGAUCUGAUCCAGGACCUGCACUUGGCUCUGGACAAAAUGAAGAACCCCGCCACCAGAGAGUGGAGGCAGCUGACGGGAGCCCUCAUCACCGCAAACUGCCUCGACAUCUUUCGAGCCUCUGCCCACCUGAAGCCCUAAACACACCCGUCACCAGGGAUGCUCCGACACACAGAGGUUCAUAUAAAUGUGGCCCAUUCAGAAACUAAGCUGAUUUCCAGAGCCACUCGCAGUGAGUGCUCAGACAUCGUUUGGCGAGAGCUGGAUGUUUGCACAAGGUUUGAGCUGUGAAGGACGCACUUCAUCUUGUAAACAGAACGCGGUGACGUAUCGCUCGUUACUUCAGAUCCUGUAUGUCUGUGCCAAGUGUCAAAAGGCCUUACGACCUUUAUUUUGGUAGGAUAUUUCCAGUUCAACGUGCUACUUAAACAUGAAUCUGAAUUAGUUACAAACUCACUCACUGGUUAUCAAUGAACUCAGUUACUAUGUGGAAGCUGUUAUUUCUCUGGUUCUUUCCAUUCUUCUAUUACAGUAUAAUCAAACUGACGUCAUCCUAACAGGUCUGCCGCGUGUCUCUGUCUUAGUAUUUUGGAUCUAUUCCAAUUAACAAUGCUGCAUUAGUAUUACAUACAAGCGUGCCUCAUGCAGGUGGGUUUUCGCAGCUGGUUGGAGUCAUGUGUAAGAUUUAUGAAGCCAACAGGUCAAAUGUAAAUAAAUUGUAUUACUACAGGUCCUACUAUGUCUGACAAUAAAUGUGAACACUGUUACUAACUGAUAUUUAAACAGGAAAACUGAUACUUGAUUUGAGUUUAUGAGUCAGUGCCAGUAAACAAACAGUUAAGAUGUCACAAACUGUUCUUUAGUUUUAUGUUUUGCUUUUUAUACUGAACACUAAUUUUUUUUUAGAUACAGUACGCACAAUUUGGCUUAUUUUAUGUAUUGUCAUUUUUUUAUAUGAAUUGUAAUCAGUUGCCAAAUGGAAGCCGGGUGACUACAUGUGAUAUCUUUAAUUUUGAAGAUAAUAAAGUUAAUAAAGCUGUCAUUCAGUGCAGGA